UUCCUUUCACUUCGUCUCUAAAGAUGUCAAUAAAGUAUUCCAAUAUAGAUGAAUGCAAGCUCAAUUUUGAUGACAAAAUGGACAGUCUCAGGCAACGUUCAGGGAGGAGGUUUGAAGUCAACACCAAAGCUAUUUGGAUAUUACUUGGAGUGCUGGGUGUGACCUUGCUGAUUGUGAUUGUAGUUUUACUCAGUCAUAAUUAUGUGGCGGUCUCUUCUUUGAACUCACAGCAACAAAAAUCAGAUGAGAAAGACACUUUUAUGGCAAUGGUAUUACAGGGAUUCAAAAAUCUGACACAAAACAACAAAGGACAAAAUAUGGCAGGCUUUUGCUCGUCUGGAUGGAUAGAGGUGAACAGAGAGUGCUACUACAUCUCUCCUAAGGGAACAUCCAAGACCUGGACAGCGAGUAAGAGAGACUGUGAAUCCCGAGGAGGCCGUUUGGUGAUCAUAAAGAGCAGGUCAAAACUGGAGCUCCUGAGUCUGUUUCACCUUAAUAUCUGGGUUGGACUGUCUGACAGGGAGAAAGAGGGCACAUGGAAGUGGCUUGAUGGGACAGGCCUCGAGGGGUCAGCAUUCUGGUUAGAAGGUGAGCCGAAUGACGACAAUCAAAAUGAGGAUUGUGCUCACCUGAAUGUGAUUGCAGCCGAAAUUGGGUUUAAUGAUAAUAAUUGUGAAAGCGUCUUUCCAUACAUCUGUGAGACUUUGGAGUGAAAUGGAAGUAUUUUCUCAGUUUCCAUAACUUUCCAUAUCCUAUUACACAGAUAUAAUACAACAUUUUAAAGGUCCUAUAUUACACAAAAUUGACUCUUGUGAGCUGUAUAAUGUUGUUACCUUCUCAAAAACAUGGAGUUGUGUGUUGUUUCAUUCACACAUGUUUGAGUAAUACUACAUUAUUAGUCUGUCUGCAUCUCCAAAGCUCAAAAUGCUUUGUUCCACCUUGUGAGGUCAUGAAGCGGUAGUUUUCAAGUUAACAGCUACUUUUUUACCUUUGGUUCAAUAGAGAUGUUCAAUUCCAGGGCUGAAAUGAAGCAAAAGAUUCUAGUGAAGUUGUUUAGAGUUUAAAAACACAUUGGAGCAUUUCCUUUAUUACCACAUGAGAUCACAAGGUGGAACAUGGUGUUUUCUGUUUGAGAGAAUAACUCAGCCUAAAUAUGCAGUGUUUGUGUGUUAACCCUUAUAUUGUGUUAGGGUCAAAAUUGACCCGUUUUCAAUUUUAGGUAUGUAAAAACUGCCAUUUGCUUUUUUGUACCGGAAUGAGGCUUCAUCUAAUCCUCAGACACAACUAUUUUAACGCAACAAAAGAAAUUUUCACCAUUUUAGUAAAUUGUAAAGGUCUGAAAAAAAAAAAGUGCCAUCUGUGGUGUUACUGGGUCAAAAAUGACCCGGCAGAGAAUAGUGGCUGUUUUAUGCAUCACUUACAAGCUGUAGGCUGCUCUGUGGAUCAAAUAUGGCUCAGUGUGUCCCACAACACACACAUACACACACACACGCAUGCACGCACACACACACACACACACACACACACACACACACACACACACACACACACACACACACACACAAAAAGGUCGUCUUCACCCACGUGAACUCUUCUCUUUCUCGCAGCACAUUGAUACAUUUUGAAUCUAAAAUAAACAUUGUCAUAUAUAAACAGGGUUUUAGUGAGAUAUUAUCAGCUGCAUCUGUUGCAGCAUCAGUCAACAUGAGCAGGUUCACCGUUUAUGAGGCGCUGGAUCAGAUCUUUGGUCAUGACAGUGAUUCUGAAGACAGAGAGGAAAGUGAAGCUGAGGAAGAUGUAUCUGAGGAUGAGGAUGAGGGCACAGACUGAAUAAAAGAAGUGGACUAAGUGAGUGUGACGUCAACCACAGCGUUUGGCGCCGCUCAAAUGAAGCUCACGGUUACAGGAGCGAAUCUAGAGCCAGGUUAUAUGUUAUGAAUAGGAUUUUUUGGACGGACAAAACAGCCCAAAAAAAAAAAAAAUAAAAAUCAGGAUCAUGUGUCGCAGGUUAAUACGUAUAUUUUAAGACCAAAAUGACGAGGUUCACAGCAGCAGGUACAGAGGGAAGGACGACAAGAUCCUAACAUAAGUCAACUGGAGCCAGAGUCAGAAGGAGCCGGAAGAGCCUCCUGGAGAACUUUCUAUUUGGAACGCGGUGGCUACAGCGUUAGUUAUGUCCAUUCAUAUAUACGUCUGUGGAUGAGGAUGAGGUUCAGUAUGACCCUGAACAAGAGCACACAUGUGGUGAGGAGAACCCAGAUGUCACAAAGACUGAAAGAGACGUCUUCAAGUCAAGAAAAAGUGACAGUUCAUGGUCACCAAGCCUCUUGACACCCAAUAUAAUUAUACUUAUAUAAAUUUGAUUUAUAUUAUAUGUAUUAUAUAUAAAAUUAUUAUGAUUAUAGUAUAAUUAUAUAAUAUAAUUACAAAUUUUAUCACUAUAGGAAAUAUAAUUAGUGAAUUUAAGCAGUUUUUGUAAUCAAAAACGACUAUUUUAAGAUAAAAGGUCUGUGCAGCCAAAAAAUAUAAUAAAUAAAUAAAAAUGUUUCCAUGGACAUGAACACAUACUAAGUCAGUUAUGAGGGGAAAAACAAUAUUGGAUGAUAUCUAGUGUUUUUAAGUAUUUUCAGGCUGAGUUAAAUCACGGGUCACAAUUUGACCCGGUAACACUAAAGACGCGUGUAGCUUUCUAACACAAUACAAGGGUUAAACAUGUAUGAAUGAAACAAAAACACAACUCCAGGCCUGUUUGUGAGGAAAAAAACAACAUUAUACCAUCGAUCAGAAGAUAGUGUAAUAUGGGCCCUUUAAAUCAUAUCAAAAUGGCUAUAAUCACAAAUAAAUGUAGAAAUGCUAAACAUGCUGACCACUGAGCUUCUAUUGCUGAUAUGUUGUUCUCAGUAUAUGUUCAUUUAUUGGACUUUAACGUUUCAGAUAAGCAGAUGGCUCAAAUGGAUGUGUGCAUAUACUUAAACCAAUA